CCGGCCCGGGAGCCCGCGGAGGCGAGCGCGGCAGGCGCAGCGCUGGGCGGCGGCGGCGCGCGAUGGCUCCGGCUGCGGACCGCGAGGGCUACUGGGGCCUCACGACCUCCACGCUCGACUGGUGCGAGGAGAACUACGCGGUGACCUGGUACAUGGCCGAGUUCUGGAAUACAGUGAGUAACCUGAUUAUGAUUAUACCUCCAAUUUUUGGUGCAAUCCAGAGUAUUAGAGAUGGACUGGAAAAGCGGUACAUUGCUUCUUAUUUAGCACUCACAGUGGUGGGAAUGGGAUCCUGGUGCUUCCACAUGACUCUGAAAUAUGAAAUGCAGCUAUUGGAUGAACUCCCAAUGAUUUACAGCUGUUGUAUAUUUGUAUACUGCAUGUUUGAAUGUUUCAAGACCAAGAACUCAGUAAACUACCAUCUGCUUUUUACCUUAGUUCUAUUCAGUUUAAUAGUAACCACAGUUUACCUUAAGGUAAAGGAGCCUAUAUUCCAUCAGGUCAUGUAUGGAAUGUUGGUCUUCACGUUAGUACUUCGAUCUAUUUAUAUUGUUACAUGGGUUUAUCCUUGGCUUAGAGGACUGGGUUAUACAUCCUUGGGUGUAUUUUUAUUGGGAUUUUUAUUAUGGAAUAUAGAUAACAUCUUUUGUGAUUCAUUGAGGAACUUUCGAAAGAAGGUGCCACCUAUUAUAGGUGUUACCACUCAAUUUCAUGCAUGGUGGCAUAUUCUAACUGGCCUUGGCUCUUAUCUUCACAUCCUUUUCAGUUUAUAUACAAGAACACUUUACCUGAGAUACAGGCCAAAAGUGAAGUUUCUCUUUGGAAUCUGGCCAGUGAUCCUGUUUGAGCCUCUCCGAAAGCACUGAUAAAUUAUUCUACCAAGAAAACAAAAGAAGCACCUACCAUAGGCCUGGCCAAAUGAAUAAGGAAAAAGGAUCUACACAUUCAAAUAUGUCAUGACCAUCACAGGAAGGAGUGACUUUCUGGUAAUGCUGCCAGCCACACAGAGCAUAAGGAAUGGAGCUUGUUGGAUAUUUAGCUGGUGUCUUUAUCUCAUUUGUCCUUCUCCUCGCUCUCGCUCUAAGAUGUUUAAAAAGAAAAACAUGAUGUGUAUGUAUAUACUCAAAUGCUGGAAAAUUGAGCUUUUCUUAAUGGGUUAACAGGUUAACAGUUUGUGCUAAUCAUAGGAAAUUGACCUUUAUCUCUUUUUUUUUGACAAGGGUUGCAUGUAAAUUAUACUUUUCUUAAUAUUUUGUUAAAUAAUGAAAACAGCCAGCUAAGGACUAGCAAAACCCCAUAUCCAGAUGGCCAGCUAUGAGCCAGCACUUAGCUAUGUCAGCCUUCAUUUAUAUUUUUGUCAUGGUUACCUCCUGGAUACUUUUCCAAGGUAAAAAAAGAGCCAUCUGUGGGAUUCUCUUAGUUCUUCACUGUCUGCCUUUGUGCUAGUUAGUGUCAUAAGCAAACCCAGACCUGCCACUGGGCUCUGUGUUUGUCACAUCCCAGAUUUGUGGUGGUCUCUGGGUGUCUGUGUGGCCACAGCCAAUCAGAGUGGGUCUAGUAACCUUUAUAAAGAUCAUGAGGACACUUGUACAAUGUUGUACUGGUAGCCAGUUUAAGUGUUGGUUGCUCUUUCCUUCAAUUUUUUAUGAUCUUUAAGUUGUUCCUGUUUUUAUGGCUAGGCAAACAUGAUUGGUGUUCUGGCCUACCCAUAUUCCACCCUCCUAGCAUAACUUAUUUGAAGUUACCAGUGAAUGUCCUUAUACUCUAGCUUUUUAAAUUAUGCAACUAGAGCUAAAAUGAUCAGGAUCUUAUUUGCAUAAAGCUUAGUAGAAUGCUGCUUCAUUUUUUGAAGAAAAUAGAUAGAAGGGUUGAAGACAGCUCUAACUUAACUUGACUUGUAACAGAACUCCCGAAUAUUAACAUGUUAAGAAGUGGUAGUAAAAUCUCUUUGUAAGGCAGCUAGUUCUAAUUUGGACUUGAAUAUAUAACAAACUGAAUUACUUUUCACAAACCUAACACCUGCCUGGAGUAAAAACCUGAUUUGACCUUUGCUCAUAUAUCACCAUAUUUGUAGCUGUGUACCAGUUAGCAUUUUUACUUUUUCCUGCUUAUACAUUACUACAGAAUCAAGAUUGCUUUUACCAUAUGGUGACAUCAACCGAGAUUAAAUCCUGAGCCACAGCUUCCAAAGGAAAAUCAUUUUUCUUCUUAUGAAAAAGUAUAAACUUCUGCCAUUUUUCCAGUGUUCAGGGAGUAGUCUUGGCACAGAUUUAAAACCAAUACACAUUUUGCUGUUUUUAUUCACCUGCUGGCCUUAGUUUUAGUCCAAGUACUAUUUUCCUUACCCUAGCAUGCCAACAUGCCAUUAGGCAGAUACUUACACCUACUUUUUUUUUUUGGUAUCAUUAAUCUACAGUUACAUGAAGAACAUUAUGUUUACUAGGCUCCCCCCUUCACCAAGUCCCCCCGACAAACCCCAUUACAGUCACUGUCCA